AUGUCUGCAGCCGAUCACGCCGAUGAUUUGAUUGAUUACGAAGAAGACGAUCAAGUACUUCAACAAGAUACUCUUAAAGUAUCUGAUGAUACUGAUGCUCUUGUAGAGGAUGAAGAUAAAAAGGACAAGAAAGGUUCUUAUGUUGGUAUUCAUUCUACUGGUUUCCGUGACUUUUUACUUAAACCAGAACUUUUAAGAAGUAUUGUGGAUUGUGGUUUUGAACAUCCUUCUGAAGUACAACAAGAAUGUAUUCCUCAAUCUAUUCUUGGUAUGGAUGUACUUUGUCAAGCCAAGUCUGGUAUGGGUAAAACUGCUGUGUUUGUUCUCGCCACUUUACAACAAAUUGAACCUGUGGAUGGUGAAGUGUCAGUAGUUGUUCUCUGUCAUACUCGUGAAUUAGCUUUCCAAAUUAAGAAUGAAUAUGCUCGAUUCAGUAAAUAUCUUCCUGAUAUUCGUACUGAAGUCUUUUAUGGUGGUGUGCCUAUGACCAAAGAUGUGGAAAUUUUGAAGGAUAAAACUAAAUGUCCUCAUAUUCUUGUCGGUACUCCUGGUCGUGUAUUGGCUCUUGUUCGGGAUAAGCAUCUCAAGUUGAAUAAUGUCAAACACUUUGUAUUGGAUGAAUGUGAUAAAAUGUUGGAACAACUUGAUAUGCGUCGUGAUGUUCAAGAUAUUUUCCGUUCUACACCUCAUCAUAAACAAGUCAUGAUGUUUUCUGCUACUCUUUCUAAGGAUACUCGCCCUGUGUGCAAGAAAUUCAUGCAAAAUCCUCUUGAAAUCUAUGUUGAUGAUGAAGCCAAACUUACUUUACAUGGUUUACAACAAUUCUAUAUCAAAUUGGAAGAACGUGAAAAGAAUCGAAAACUCAAUGAUUUGUUGGACACUUUGGAAUUCAAUCAAGUGUGUAUUUUUGUACGAUCUGUGCCUCGUGCGAAUGAACUCAAUCGUAUUUUGACUGAUUGUAACUUCCCCAGUAUCUGUAUCCAUUCACAAAUGAGUCAAGAUGAACGUAUCAAGCGUUAUCGAUCAUUCAAAGACUUUGAAAAACGUAUUAUGGUGGCUACUGAUAUCUUUGGUCGUGGUAUUGAUAUUGAACGAGUGAACAUUGUGAUUAACUAUGAUAUGCCUGAUUCUGCUGAUACUUAUUUACAUCGUGUUGGUCGUGCUGGUCGUUUUGGUACAAAAGGUUUAGGUAUUACUUUUGUCUCAGAUGAAAAGGAUACAACUACUUUGAACGAUGUGCAAAGUCGUUUCGAAAUCAACAUCAAUCCUCUUACUGAUGAUAUUGAUAUCAAUUCCUUCAAUGUCACCUCUUAG